AUGAAACGUCCAGGCUUCCAGCGUCUUCAUCUGUCUUUACUUACUGGCAGCAGUGGUUACUGGACAGGAUUUCAAAGCGGAUUGUUCCGUCAAGCUGUGAGCCUGGCCAAAGAAUUGACUCAUCUCCAUUUAUCAACUACACUCAAAAAUGGAUCUGAUUUUCCAAUGAGGGAUCCACCUAUACCUCUCAAGGAGGUUCUGCCUUUGAAGGAGUGGUCGAACCUGUCUCACUUGGGGCUCUCUAAUUUCAGCAUCGAUACGUCGGAGUUGAUUGAUAUACUCAAAUUGGCACCAUCCUCAUUACGAUCUCUUGACUUGGAAUUUAUCGAGUUCCCCUUUGAUGCAUUAUGCUUAACUGGUCUACUAGAGAGGAUGCGAGAGGAUCUGGGUUGGACCAAGAGAGAUCAAUCACUGAAACCGACCGUCACAAUCGCGAUGGAAGGCCAACGCAGAUGGCCGGGGAGGUUCGUGAAGCUUUCUUCAGACGAGGUGGCAACCUUUCUCUAUGGCUCUGGAGAGAAUCCCCUGGAUGGAGACAGCACAAGCAGCCCUAAAAGUGGAUACGGGAUAAAUUAUGACCUUUUCGAGGCAGAGUAUACUCGGCCUAACGUCAAUUUCAUGGAUCUUAAGAAACUGGGAAUUAUCUGUUAG